AUGUUACUGGUUCAACUUGUUCUAACAAAACUGAGCAGCGUUCAACAGAUACAAGCAAAUCGAGCGACAAAAGAAGAACUAAAGCAAAUGAUUCUUGCUCAAAAUGAUGUCAUGUUACGUUCACUGCAACAACAAGGAAUCGCUGAACGAGAUGAAUUACAAAAAAUCUAUGAAAAACGGUUUCAUAUGCCAUUACAAGCUGAUGGAUCUGGCUUUUCUGGCAUCGGAGUUAAUAAGAAACCUCCAUUGUUCGUACUAAGGAAAGAUGUUGGUAGUGAGCGAUCAACAGUUGUACCAUUUGAUGGCACAAGUUUGGCACAGCUAUUAAAUGGCACAAGUUUCGCACAGCUAUUAAAUAGCACAAGUUUGGCACAGCUAUUAAAUGUGACAGAACGAUCGUCACUAUUACUAAACAGUAGUAAAUCACGAUAUGCUAGUUCUGUUGCUGCUAAUGCUGUGGAACACAGUAAAGAUAAUAGUUCUAGUAAACAAUAUCUAACUUCCAUCUUAUGGUUCACUGGUGGUAGUGUAGGCGUACUUAUUUUUACCAUAUUUACGGUAAUGAUCUAUUUUCGCCAUAAUCAACAACGAAAACGAGCGAAAUCCUCAAUGUUCCUCUAUACGCCACAUCAAUCAUUAUCGGAAAAUCAAUGA